AUGGACUUCGACAGGUUCUUGGUGAACCUUCCCAAGAACUCGGCCAACAGGGAAAGUGAUCAGCAGACCCUUGUCCCAUCCCGCACUCAAUCACCAGACACUAUGGAACUGUGUGACGAUACAGACUUGAACGACAACAACAGGGAUUUCUAUGAAGGGUCCGACGCAGAGGAGGAGAGUUUAAAGGACUAUAAGGCUAGGGCAGCUCCUCACAUGGCAAGAUGGCGUAACAGAGGGUCCAAUCCACCUGCUGCAGCCUCGAACAACACCAGGGAUAGUGUUCACAAAAGUCCCCCAACUCCGAAGCCUCGCCGACCCGAACGUAUAGCUCGCUUGGAGGCGGAAAAGGCUCGAGACUCCACUGCGGUGUCACUGAUGAAUGAGGAAACAGCAGAUGAAGAGAAUGAGGAGGAGACUGAGGAGGACAGGCACGAGAAGGAUGUAUCCCCACCGCGAAAGCGUGUCAAGAGGGCCUCUGACCAGAAGGUGACGUUCUAUGUCAACAUUCAAACAGCAGUGAACACCGUGACAAAAGGCCGGGGGGUGCACGCAAGAGCAAUAGCAGCCGUAUCAUGCAACUUGGUCCAUUCAUCACGACAAACCCCCUGA